GUGCAAGGUUGAAUUAUAGCAAAUAAGGUACUGUGAUUAAUGCUUCAACAUCAACAAGCCGCAUUUGGCAAGCUAGAAGAGUAGUUUAUUGUUUUUUUCGUCCGUACCAUGGAAAAUACAUCCAGUUUUCCCAAUCAAAAGAUCACGAUACUUUUGGGUACCGUUACUACUGUAUUCGUUGUGUUGGGUGCUUAUUGGUACCAAAGAUUGCGGAAACCCAAAAUACCCACGGAAUGGACGCCCGUGGGAAAAAUAACCAAAUUGUGCUUGUAUCCUCUGAAAAGUGGAAAGCGCAUUGAAGUGCAAAAGUUGGUGUGCAACAAACACACUGCGAUGGAGGACGAAAAGGUAGAAAAUUCCUUGAGAUUACGCGACAGAUCAUUUGUGGUGUAUCAUGAAGAAACCAAGGAAUAUAGAACGGGAAGAAAUAAUCCGAAAUCAGUCCUUGUGGAGGUGUCCGCACGAGAUGAGAAUCAUGUAGCUCUGAAUGCUCCUGAUAUGCCCACCUUGAUCGUUGAGAUUCCAAAGAAAACUAAGAGUAACGUGACUAUUGUCAAGCAUUUCAUGGAUGAACCCAUCCCAACGAUCGAUUGUGGAGAUGCAGCAGCCAAAUGGAUAUCAAAAUACCUUCUGGGCGAGAAUGCUGGUCUGCGAUUGGGCUAUCAUGAUGGUAGCUUCAGGAGAAUAAUGUUCGAGAAAUUAUACCAGGGUCUCGAGGACUAUUACAAAAGAGGGAUGAACAUUGAUGCAACGGGUCUGAACAGUGACUUGACCACCCUCAUGAUGAUAUCGGAAUCCUCGGUACGUGACGUCAACCAAAAAAUCGUCAACUCAGAGAUCAGCUCCAACAAUUUCCGUCCGAAUUUGUUGAUGGACGGUCCAAAUCUGAGGCCUUUCGAAGAAGACAGCUGGGAAUGGAUCAAAAUCGGAGACGUCGUCAUGAAGAACGUGAUGGAAUGUCUGAGGUGCAUCAUGACCACGAUUGAUGCUGAUACUGGUAUCAGAAGAAGUGAUAUGGAACCGUUGAAUACUUUGAAGAGGUAUCGAAUGACCAGCGGACCUCACAAAGCUCCUGUAAUGGGGAUACAUCUAAAUGUAGUGCGGAAUGGGAGAAUAUCAGUUGGAGACACUGUGUAUAUUGUGAAGCGAGAAUAAGAAGCUUACUUUAUUCACCAACUAUCUUUAUAGUUAUUUUGAGAUUAAAUAUUCGUUCACCCAUA